AUGGCUGCGAGAAGAGCGUCGAUGUAUGCAGACGACAAUGGCUCCACAACAGCCCACGUCCGAAAAAGAGCCAGUGGUCGAGUGUCUGAAACGAGUGUCCUGCCGCCACCGCCACCAACACAUUCCGUCACGGAUGACGCCGUGAGUGGUCCGUGGCCCACUACUGGGCAGAAAUUGCGGGGUGAAAAAGGGAGUGGGUCGCUGCCGAAUGUAUUAUCUGUGCGAUUUUCCGCAAGGAAUGGCGGCGGCAAUACGCACAAAUCGAUUGCACGUGACGAGUCUUUGGUGGAGGAGGGGGAUUCCGUAGCUUUGGUGAAGGAUAAACUGCGUCGGCUUUUAGUGCUUCAGCGAAAGAAACAUAAGGAACUACUCAAGGCAGAAGGUGAUGCCUUUAAUAAUUUGAAACGCCAGGCGGAAUUCAGUGUGGAGAGUAUAAAUGCAUUUGUAGCGUUUCGACGCAACAUGAAUGCAUCCAAUGAGAAUGAAAAUAAUCGGUUGACGCUUUGGAUUAGGGAAUGUUUUGCCGAUGGGAUCAAGCAGAUUAUUCGGGAGGAGUGGGAAACACGUCGAUCCAUUGUUUCGUACGAGUGGCGUCUGCGGGAGGCCAAGCGUCGAGUGGAGUGGCUGACGGGUGCCAAGAUGCGGUUUGAAAGGGAGAUGAAAUUACUUCUGCAUGCCGAGGAAUGCCUUCGGAAGUAUAUUGAACGCGCUGAACUUCGGGAUGCGUGGAAUAUUCCUGCCUUGUGUCCUUUUGUUGUUGUGUUUGAGAAUUUGGGCGUGCUGGGACCUUGCCCUUUUGUGUCGGUAGAGGACUGCCCCUUCUACUGCCGUGGUGAGGGGUACCGCAGCCCGCACUAUGAGUUCACCAUGAAGGGCAAACCGCAGACGGUGAUUCACUCAAUUGCACCCUGA